GUGGCCAUUUCUCCCGAAUUGUGACACUCGUAUUUAGAUUGGUUCCCUAGUGUCCUAAUUAUGCUGAGAAACUGCUCAGGAGGGAUGAGUCGGCUGUCGCGAGGGAGUACGAAGGUGCUGAUUCCACCUUACUGGUAGCCAUACAUGCGCUCGUACGCUCGAGCGCUAAUUUUGCAUGCCACAACGUGCGCGGUGCGACCAAAGGUGAAAUUUGCGCCGUCUGUUUCAUGCGCAGCGGAAACCCUUGGUAUAAGAGAUCUCUCUCGGUUCGCCAAUCCUGUCUAGAAUCCAACAGCACUUCUAGCUAUCUCCCUUCAAUCCAUAUGGACUCUGCACCUUCUUGCUUAACAUGCCAACGGAUUCGUAAGAAGGCAUGCCCUGGUUAUGCAACAAGUGACCAAGGUAUUCAUCCCUGUGAUGAGUGUGCAAGGCUCCGUUUAGAGUGCCUUGCAGCAAUCCCAGGAGGGCGUCCUGUCUGGUUUCACGAUCAGGCGAGACUCGCAGAGGCAAGAAGAGCAAUCGCGGAUUGGCUGAACGGCGGGCAUCAACGCACCUUCGACGCCAUAUUACCCCUCUCGCCGAUACUCGCCCCCCCGGUGCCGCCUGGCCAGUCUCACAAUCCCCCCGACCUUCACACUCUGGGUCAGCCGGAGCUCCUCCAGGCGAUCAAUGACCUAGAUUUGAAUCCGGGUGCAGGUGGACCAAGCACUGUUACUGAACUUAGAUUUCUGCUACCGCUGCUGCAGUUUAUUCUCACUAAAAAUAUUUCCGGGAUCCGAGGGCUAUGCUUCGUGAUCGGUCAGGACGACAGGAGAGCACGUUUGCUUGUAGAAGAUCUCAUCAGGCAAUACCGACAGGGCCACGCCGAUGAGUUCAUCUUCAGGGUCAGUGGUCAUGGCACGGAGCAAUAUUGAUCUGUCAGGCUGCUUCGUGAGAUAUUGCGAGAUUUGCUCGAGUCCCAGUUGUUUUCGACAGCGUAGAUGUGCAGAAAUAGACCCUAGAGUCAGCUGAAAUCUCGCCAUUAUAAUCAGUAUUUGUAUAGUGUCGUAUUCGUGAUGCCUCGAUUACGUUUGGUUGGUCACGCUUGCAUGACUGUUGUGCAGAUGAUUCCUUGUCAAAAAUCCUCUUUCUAUGCUCAAAUUGAUCGAG